GACUCAUAUCGCCACCUGUCGGCCUUUAAACUAUUAGUUACACUGAUAUCCUAGGUCGGUUGUUAGUAGAUUGGUAGAGAUAUAUGUUCCUAGCAGAGGCAACAAAGAUAUUGUUAACUAAGGGGCAACCUCAGGUGUUUGGAACGCUAGAGAACCUUUGGAGCUAAUAUAAAUCUUGUGCACGGAAGGCAGGGCACUUCCUGUUUUUUCCUCCGUUUGUUCCUUGCUUGCCAAAGAUCUUUCUAGAUUAAGUAAUGAGGGAAACGGGUACCCACCCAACCAGGAGGUCUGCACGUAUGGGAAUUUCCAUAUGAAUACCCGGAACAUCGAAACCAAAUGGGUUUGUAGUUUAACGAUGGACUCGACACGUUAAGUGUGAAUCGUGAGACAUAUCAAGGGGGUGUACUGCCAACCAACCCCACGCUAGCAAGGAUAACUAGUUAGCUAACUAUCUACAAUCAACUACGACUUGCUGUUGUGAAUGGUGUACCCUAGCUAACGUUAGCGUGCCAGACAAUCAAAAAGAGGACUGUUCUCUGACAAUUCUUUCCUCGACCACGAAAGGGCAUGCGGCGAGAGCUGCGGCCGCUCUAGAAUGAGGAAGAGCCCGGCAAACCGUUGCAGGGACAUCGAGAGGCAAGCCGGCUACCUGCAGCCCGAGCACUGCGCCCCUCCCCCAACCCUCCCCCACUCCGACACCAUGUGGUUCAUCCGCGACUGCUGCGGCAUCGUAUGCGGCGUCAUCACCUGGUGCCUGGUGUUCUAUGCCGAGUUCGUGGUGCUCUUCGUCGUGCUGCUGCCUGCCAAGAACCUGCUCUAUAGUCUAUUCAAUGGUGCACUGUUCAGUGUCCUCGCCUUCCUCGCCCUGGCCUCACACGCCCGGGCCAUGUGCACAGACCCGGGUGCGGUGCCUAAAGGGAACGCGACCAAGGAGUUUAUCGAGAGCCUGCAGCUCAAGCCCGGUCAGGUGGUCUACAAAUGUCCCAAGUGUUGCAGUAUCAAGCCCGACAGAGCUCACCACUGCAGUGUGUGUAAACGCUGUAUCAAGAAGAUGGACCACCAUUGCCCAUGGGUAAACAACUGCGUAGGAGAGAAGAACCAGAAAUUCUUUGUGCUUUUCACAAUGUACAUUGCACUGAUAUCCCUCCAUGCCCUGGUCAUGGUUGCCUUUCAUUUUAUCUUCUGCUUUGAGUCGGACUGGACGAAGUGCAGUACAUUCUCUCCUCCAGCGACCGUCAUCCUCCUCAUCCUCCUCUGCUUUGAGGGACUCCUCUUCCUCAUUUUUACCUCCGUGAUGUUUGGGACCCAGGUCCAUUCCAUCUGUGCCGAUGAGACGGGCAUAGAGCAGUUGAAAAAGGAGGAGAGGAGAUGGGCUAAAAGGACAAAGUGGAUGAACAUGAGGGUGGUAUUUGGCCAUCCGUUCUCUAUAGCCUGGCUAAGUCCCUUUGCAACACCUGACCACGGGAAGGCAGACUAUUACCAGUACGUUGUCUGAGACGGGAAGCCAUGCUCCAGCACCCGUGCUACCAGCUUGUCUUUCAGGGUGCGGACUGAUGACGCGUACGGGGCGAUAGUCUUCCCACCGCCUGGCUUCACUGAGCAUGAACUCUUAUGACCCUUUCUCUUCUUUUCUGUUUUUGGUCAUUUUUCUUCUUUGUGAAAAAAAUCUUUUUCUGCUUGUUUUGAAUACCUGCCACACAUUUGGAUAUCUGUAUGAAGUAAUAUCUAUUUCCCUUCUGUUUACGAUCACUGCCAAGCCCUACAAAACCAUGAACUGUAAAAUGCCCCUCUGCUUUUCUCACGUUUUACCAUUGAAGAAAGCACUUACUGAUGUAACCUGGCCAGAGCCUGUAUCUGAGCUGGCUAAAAACUGGGCUUUGCCUUUGGGAUAGAAACGGAAAUGGAAAUACUCUUAAACCCAAGUAUUUCCUGUAUUUUGUCAUUUCCUGUUUAAGGACUAGGCCUAAACAAAGCAAACGCGUGAGCUGAAUUCAUAUUGUUUUCGUCCGCUGAAAAGCCAAUCAGUUCCGAAAGGCAGAUUUUGUCUUCCAAUUUUGUCUUCUACCUCUGCCUUUCCAUAAUGUAGCCUAAAUGGUGUAAGCUAUAGCUUUGGUGCCAGCGCCACACUGUUGGAGUACUAACGGCCCACAAGGCAUUACGUUUGCGGUUUAGAACAGCCAAAUAUUUUCCUGCAAGCUGCAGAUUCUUUGCCUUAUAAGACUAUUGAAAUUGGGUAAAGAGAUUUUUGUAAUCUCAAGUUUAAGUUGAAUAGGGUAUUUGCUUCCUGUCACUGGCUAUCAGUCAUGUCUAUGUGCAGGACGGGUCCCCUCCAAAAGGACAGGCUGAAGAUGAGAUUGGGAACAAUGUAUUGAAAGUCCAACUGUGGAACCGGCUGGUGGCCGUGGAUGGUUCUGUUGUUUCACUGUUUGGCAUGAUGUCUUACUGGUUGGUGUAUGUGACAACCGUUUCUAUAGAAAAAUGAUCACGGUGCCCUCUGAGAUUUUUAAAUUGGUCACCCAAUAACUAAACUGGUCAAUGAAAUGUACAUUUUAUUUUCAACUUUUUUUUUUUUUACAGAAGCAUGCACCUAAGUGUAAUUCCCUGUGUUCACUUAAUGGAAUUUGUAAAUGUCAUGUCAAAAAAACAAGUUAUCGGCUUGACAUUCUGUUUAUGAAUCUGGCACAGUUAAGCUUUGUGGAGCAAACAUUGGUGACGCAAUUUAGGCCAGUGGAACAUGUGCAUUGAAGACUGAAAGACCAUACUGCCUGGAGACUUUUUUUAAAAGUCACCAUUGUGUACAAUGCUAGCUAAUUCAAACUAGACACAGACCGGUCUCCUAGGUACAUAGCAGUCGAAGUAGAUUGCCUCGGGGCAAUUAGGCAUCGAUUGCAAACAAUCAAGAGAGAGAAUUAUAACACAAUCAAUUGUGUUCACGAGCCUUACUGUAGAAAUAGAACGGCUAUGGCUUGUGUCCCAAAUGGCACUCUGUUCCCUAUAUAGUGCACUACUUUUGACCAGGCCCACAGGGCUGUAGUCAAAAGUAAUGUACUGUGUAGGGAAUAGAGUGCCAUUUGAGACACAGCUUAAUUUAUGUGGAAUAUAUUUGCUGACAUGUUCUCUGGUUUUACGACCCACACUGUAUGAACACAAAGGUUAUGUAUUCAUCAAACUAAAUUGUUUGCUAAUUAAAUUUAGAAUACAGAGUGCAUUGGCAAGGCAUGGAUGCCAUUUGAAGUGUGUAUGGACCACGUUUGUAGAUUUUUGUGCUAUAUAUAUUAUAAAGAAUCAAUUAAGAUUGAAUGUAAUGCUACUUUUAGUGACUUGUAUUGUGAAAGUCACCUUUUCUAAGUAGUUUCUUUUUUUACCAAAUGGGUGACUUUUUAAAGUUUAAGAUGCUUCAAUCAAAUCUACUACUGUCUCUUUCUGAUUUGAUGCCCAUUUUUUUCUUUUAAAGUGGUACACUCUAAACUACCUACAUCUCAAUACUGCCAUCUCCUGCUUGAACUGAUGAACCCUUAUUAUCUCUAUGUAGUGACUAUCACAUAUCUCAUCAAAUACUGUGAUUUUUAAAAGUUGACUAUCUUAUCAGAAUGAAUGCUUCUCCAACCAGACUGAUUUAUUUUAUAUUUAAAAUGUGCUUUUGCAGCUCAUUCCAGUUUGCCUUUCCAACUAAUUAUCAGCUGAUCAUGUACAUUAUCAGUAUGCCAUACAGGCAUGUAUUAAUAAUUUGUAGAUCUGUGUACUGGAGUGGGAAGUUCUUGAAUCUGAUUCAUGUCCGUCUGUGCCAGAGUCUCUUUGAGGAGAGACGGGUGUAAUAAGGGUAUAUGAGGUUCCUUAGGAAGAGGCUGGCUUAAAGCUCAUGUUACCCUAGCCCCUUUCAUUACAUUAAAGGUGGACUCCGCCAUAUGACACAGAUGCACAAAGUAAACCGCAUAGUGGGUCAAUUUCUGCAACAACUAAGCUCGUUGGAAGAGCGAGGCUAAACUCCAUUACUGCUGCGAACCCAUGCACAGGUACUGUGUGAGAGUGAAGUUUUGCAUCUCACUCAUCGCAAUAUCUGUGGUGCUGCUUGUGGCAAUGUCAAUUUGCUCAGUCUACCUUUUUUAAUUACUAUCAAUCAGAUCAGAAGCGCUAAGACCGCGUCCUACUCAUUAACACAGGAUAUGCUGGGAAGUUGUCAAAUCUAUUCUGUUCUGACAAAGGGACUGGUAUUCUCUCGUGUCUCUAUUUAUACACUUUUUAAACACACACACACACGUGCUGUAAAUAGAUGAUUCCCAAUGUGCAUCUCUUUGAAAUGUUUAUCUGAAUGCAAAAGUUAAGUUACUUUCAUAUGGAAAUUAUUUACAAUAAAUGUAUUGUUUUUUCAAAAA